AACUUACAGAAUUUUAGUAGCGGAAAUCAAGAUAUUGACAAUUUAAUUAAGGCAACGCAUAAUAAUCAACCAAAAUUUAGAUUAGAGUGGAUUCCAUUUGAGGACUUUACAGAUGUAAAACAAAUUGGAGAGGGGGGUUUUAGUGAAAUCCAUGCCGCCACAUGGAAUAAAGGAACAAUAAAAAGUUGGAACCGGAUUGAAAAAAGGUUCAAUCGGAAUGAAAAUCAAACGGUUGUAUUAAAAGUUCUUAAGGAUUCCCAAGAUAUUAGUUCGUCAUUCUUAAAAGAGUUACAAAAUAUUGUUAAAAGCCAGCCUAAUUCCGUCAUUCGCAACAUUAUUCAAUGUUAUGGAGUAUCACAAUUUCCAAAAACAAAUGAUUAUAUUUUUGUUAUGUCUUAUAUGUCUAAUGGAAAUCUAAAUGAUUAUUUGUCUAAUAAUUUUAAGGAUGUUACUUGGAAAAUGAAACGAGCCUUUCUUAGGGAUAUUGUUACAGGCAUUAAAUGGAUUCAUAGAAAUAACAUUAUGCACCGCUAUAUACACGAUGGAAAUAUAUUAAUAG